AGAAUUGAUCAUUUACGACUUCAUCACUCUCUAUAAUUUCGUUACUUGAAAUAGCAUCACACGAACAAGAUAAUAUUAGAGAGCUGAAAAUGGCGAAUCUAUUCACUGCUACGGCUCCUUUUCUCAGAGUCUCACAGCCUUUCACCAAAAAGUCACCCUCCCAGCAGUGUUACGCCUCUUCUUCUACUCCGCCGGAGCCUGAGUCUUCUUCUCCUCCUCCUCCUCCCCCGUCUCAACCGCUUACAUCGCAGCCGAAGAGGAAGAAGACCGUUGAGACGACGGAUUGGGUGGCUUCAUCCUUGACGCGGCGGUUCGGAAUCGGCGCAGGACUUGCCUGGGCGGGAUUUCUGGCUUUCGGAGUAAUCUCCGAGCAGAUCAAGACUCGGAUUGAGGUUUCUCAGGAAGUAGCUAACACCAGAGAUGUAGAAGAGGAGAAAGAGAUUGUGUUACCCAACGGCAUAAGGUACUAUGAUCUACGGCUUGGAGGAGGAGCGACUCCAAGGGCAGGAGACUUGGUAGUGAUUGAUCUAAAGGGGCAAGUGCAAGGAACGGGACAAGUAUUUGUGGACACAUUUGGAAGUAAAGGCAAGAAGAAACCACUGGCCCUUGUGGUGGGUUCAAAGCCAUAUAGCAAAGGAUUGUGUGAAGGCAUAGAUUAUAUUCUAAGGUCGAUGAAGGCUGGAGGUAAACGCAGAGUGAUCGUUCCACCAUCGUUAGGAUUUGGAGAGGAAGGUGCUGAACUGGAAUCGGGUCUGCAGGUUCCUCCCAAUGCUUCGUUGGAGUAUAUAAUUGAGAUUGAAAGAGUCUCAAUUGCACCUGCUUGAUGAUUUGUACAGCUUUUGGUUUCAUUGCCAAAUCCUUCAACUGGUUGUUAAAUAAGAAGAGAUUGUGAGGGGAAAAUACUUGUAAAUUUCUUAACUUUUUUUCUUUUGGGGUCGUCGAUUAAACCGAACAAAACCGGGUCAAAAUGUUGACUUUUAAUUUAAAUAGAUAUGGAUACUUGUAACU